AUGACGCCGAGGUCGCUUUUGCUGAGCAAUCGUGGGACGAUCAAGCAUGAUUCUGGCAACGAACAUCACUCUCAAUUCGAUACGCGGGAGCAGGAGUCUGAUUUGAUUGCGACCAUGAUACCGCCAUUCGAAACAACAUUUGCCGUGCCGCUAAGCUGCGAAAGCUGCAUCAAAGAUGUCUCCACCUCGCUCUACAAAGUUGAUGGCAUCAACAACGUCUCGGCCGAUCUCAAGAACCAACUCAUAUCCAUAACAGGCAACGCCGCUCCCUCGGCAAUCGUCUCCGCAAUCCAAGACACAGGCCGAGAUGCUAUCCUCCGUGGCUCAGGCAAAGCAGAAAGUGCCGCCGUCUGCAUUCUGGAAACCCACUCCUCAUCCGUCAGAGAUCAUGUCCGAGGACUCAUCCGGUUGGUUCAAGUCAAUUCGGAAAUGACAAUCCUGGAUAUGACGCUUCGUGGAGUAACUCCAGGCUCGUAUAACGUUACGGUGCGAACGGCGGGCGAUAUCAGUAAUGGCGCUGCAUCGACAGGAGGAAUCUGGGAUGCUUUAGAAGCUAAGCAAGCAUCGCCACCACGGCCAGGAAAGGGCAUCUUCGGGAGGAUCGAAGUCGCUCAGUCGGGGCUUGGGACUGUGUUCAUCGACAAGCCUAUCCAGAUCUGGGAGCUCAUUGGUCGCAGUAUUGUAGUGAGCAGAAAGCAGGACAGCUUCGACAAGGAGGAUCCUGAUACGCUGGUUGGCGUGAUCGCUCGUUCGGCCGGUGUGUGGGAUAAUGAUAAGACGGUGUGUAGUUGUAGUGGGAAGACGGUUUGGGAGGAGAGGAAGGAGCAGACUGCUAAGGGCAUGUUAUAG